AAGAAGAAUCCUCCAAACACCAACUCAACAGAUACAACAUUAACUACCACCCCAUGCACCUUUUUCUUCUCAAAUUCCACUUUUCCCUUUUCGAUCCACUUUUCCAAAAUUGAAUCCACCACUCAUCAUCCCCGGAACCCACAUCGCCAACUUGCCAGCUUCAUGUCAGAAAGGGCAAGUUGAAGUUCCCCAUUUGUCUCUUCCUUUCCGAAUUUCUUUCUCUGAAAUAGUAGACAGCUUCUGUUCUUUUCUUUCAUCUGAGAAAAAUGUAAGUAUUUGGAUAUGAAGGCUCUGAAUUCUGAAUAUCUGAUGGGUGUUUCAUUCUACCUGCAACUUUGCAGUUUGUCAUGGUGAUGAGGAUAAACAUUGACUGCAACGGUUGUUACAGAAAAGUAAGGAGAGCCCUUCUCAAUUUGCAAGAGCUGGAUGCACAUCUAAUAGAGAAGAAGCAGUGCAGGGUCACCAUCUGUGGGAGAUUCGUUCCCCAAGAUGUGGCGAUAAGGUUGAGGAAAAAGACGAACCGCAGAGUCGAAAUCAUGGAAAUUCAUGAAUUUGGCAACAAUGAAGAUAUUAAUCUUAAGCCCUUGAUUACUACAUAGCAAUUAGGGUUGUAAAUAUUACUUGUAGAUUUAGAAGCACGAGCUUGAAAGUUGAAAGUUAAAAAGGAAGAAAUCUAUUGUUUGCACCAGUUCUCUCAUUUCUGAUGGGUGGCAAAAUGUACCAAAUUACCCGGGUGGCCCCGAUGUACCUGGCCCCAUUUAGAAGGUCUGAGCCCACACAUUUUGGACCCGAGCAUAAUUAGG